AUGGACGUGCACGUGGACGUGAACGUGAACGUGAACGUGGACAUGGACGUGAACGUGGACGUGGACGUGAACGUGGACGUGAACGUGAACGUGGACGUGAACGUGAACGUGAACGUGAACGUGGACGUGGACGUGAACGUGGACGUGAACGUGAACGUGGACGUGGAUGUGCACGUGGACGUGAACGUGAACGUGGACGUGAACGUGGACGUGGACGUGGACGUGGACGUGGUCGUGGACGUGGUCGUGGACAUGGACGUGGACGUGGACGCGGACGUGGACGUGGACGUGGACACAUGGUCGUGGACCUUGACGUGGACGUGGUCGUGGUCAUGGACGUGGUCGUGGACGUGGACAUGGACGUGGACGUGGACGUUGACGUGGACGUGGACGUGGACAUGGACGUGGACGUGGACGUGGACGUGGUCGUGGACAUGGACGUGGACGUGGACGUGGACGUGGACGUGGGCGUUGACGUGGGCGUGGACGUGGACGUGGACGUGGACGUGGACGUGGACGUGGGCGUUGACGUGGUCGUGGACGUGGUUGUGGACGUGGACGUGGACGUGA